UAAACCAAUUAAUAUAUUACAUAAACUAAUCAAAAAUGCAACACAUAUGACAUACUAUAUAUUUAUGUUAUUGUGUUUUUGUUUUCAUUCUCUACUGGUAUUGGCGAAUUAUAUUUGAUCCAAACAGACCGUGUCUGUGAUUCGUCAUCUACGGUUAUAUACACGAAUAAACGGGUCGGAAGUUGUCAUGGACGUAUCCGAAAUUUCCCCGGAAGAUCUUCCUCAAUACAGAGACGAUUUUUCACGUGACGAUUUUAAUGGUUACCUUAGCGACAUAAUCUCGAUGCAUAGAAUAGUGGAUGAUUACAGACCGGAUAUAUGCAAGGACCUGAGGUAUCCAAAAGUUUUACCGGAAAUAGGCGUUGUGAUACCCUUUAAGGACGAACAUUUGAGCGUUCUACUACGUACCGUAUAUAGUAUUCUUUACAACACACCGGCACAUAUAGUCAAAGAAAUUGUCCUGGUGGACGAUGGAUCGGAAAACAGUGAGCUAAAAUCUACUCUUGACAUAUACCUGGAAAACAUGGAAAAGGUUCGAGUCAUCAGGCUGCGGAAAUCUGUUGGUUUGAUGAUGGCUCGUCAGGCAGGGAUAAACAGUAUUGACGCCGAAUAUUUCGUGUGUUUAGACUGCCACAUGGAAGUUUUACCGGGGUGGAUAGAGCCGUUGCUAAGUCGUCUGCUAGAGGAGCCGAAAGCUCUCCUGUGUUCCAAUGUCGGAUCCAUUGAUCGUCUUACAUUCAAACUACAUCAUGCUGAACUUCCACAAAUACGAUACUUUUUCCCGUUCCUUAUAUUUAACCUGGAUGCCUCCACGGGAAAGUAUAAACAAUCUUUCGUCGAAUCUAGAACCAAUGAUACUGAGCCAUUCCCGUUUGGGAUCAUUCAAGGUAUGAUGGUUGUGAUGAGGAAGUCUUGGUUCAUGCAGCUGGGCGGGGUUCGAUUUCUGGAUGAAGAUAUGGGGUAGUGAGCAGAUAGAACUGUCCAUUAAGGU